AGCGUCCGAAGAACCCGAGGCUAAACCCGAGGGCCGCUGAGCGCCGAGGUAGAGCCGUCUCUGCCCCUCGGCCUUUCCCUCCGUCUCCCUUCUCCAGCUUUGGCUACCUGACCCCCGGCGUCUGUGUCUCUUACCAUUUCCGAGAGUUUCGAGCCCCAGCGCCUGCCACCCCCGCCCCCCAUCCCCCUGCCCAGCGCCCUCUAAGCUGCAUCCUCAGCGCCCCCUCCCCUCCAGCGUGACCCCUCCCCUCCAGCGCCCCCUCCCCUCCAGCGUCCCCCUCCCCUCUAACGCCCCCUCCCCUUCAGCGACGCCCUCCCCUCCAGCGUCCCCCUCCCUCCAGCGUCCCCUUCUCAGCGCCCCCCCCGCCUCCAGCGCCCCCACUCCUCCAAUGACCCCCUCCCCUCCCCUCCAGCGUGACCCCCUCCCCCGCCUGUUGCUAAUUCUGGGAUCUGUUUGCUCUGUAUCUACAACCUAUUUCUGAUUAAGUUAGCAAUUAGCUCAAGGGCAAGUCGGGCAUUGGCAGUGUUUGAAACAGAUUAUACCUCGGGCGGAUAUUUGGAAGAAGACAGAGUAUCCUACAGAGGAGAAAAGAAAGACCCCUUUGAGGAAAGGUCCAAAGUAGCUGAAGAAACCUUGCAGGGGCCUGGACCCUUUGUUUUUUAUUAGGCCAGUGCCUCUGCCAUCAAUUCAGUCGUCUGAAUAUCUGCCCCUUGCUCUCUCGUGUCCUGCACUGUUCUCUGUUCUUGUGGCUAACGUGGGCUCCAUUAUGUCUGGUAGGCUGUCUCUAAAACGAGGUAUUUAAGAGGCUCACACUGAUUUUGUGUGAAGGGAAUUGAAGUGGGCCCUCUUGAGGUGGUGGCAUUUAGACUCUCCCUUGGCCCUGGCUUUUCUCCAUCCUCCUCUGAGACCUUGGCUGGGGCACUUGUGAGAAGAAACUCAUUUUUCUUUGUUUCAAUUCUGGUAGUCCCAAAGCUUUUCUUUGCAUAAAACAGUAGGAUCUGUUCCUAGUCAGCAUAAACUAUAUACUUUGAUUCAGUUGCAGACCACAAGUGGUAUGCACUUGAUGCAUUCCUUCUAAGAGUUCUGGUUUUCAAGUCAGGAAACCUUAGUUAUUUCCAUCAUUCUGCUGGCAGGAUGAUGGUUUAGAAUACAUGUCCCUAGCAAGGUAACCCCUAAAAAAAUGACAUCCAGAUUUGACUGUGGGGCAGCUAGUGUAGUUUUUUUUCAAACGCAGCGUAGGUGUGAAACGGGGCCCCUUUGUUGUUGCUGUCCAUGUUGAGUCCUCUGCUUGGAGUUUUCCUGUGUCCUUCUCUUCUGUUGGCCUGUGCUAAUCAGUUCUGAAUGGAAACUGUAACAAGCAUUACAGCAAGUAGUAAAUAGUGUCGUGUAGUGAAGGAAGAACAGCCUCCUAAAAAUAAGGAUUGGAUUCUACUGCACCGAAUUCUUGUGCAGUGAUACUAUUUGGUUUGGAGAGAGUAUUUUCAUGCUUGUUUUUGUUUUUGGUUUUUUUGUUUUUGGUUUUUGUUUUGUUCUUUUGGACAUGGUGACUGAUCACAUCUCUCUCAGCAGAAAAUAGUGAUGCUUCUGUGCAAGGCAACAUUAGAUUGUCAGACAAAGCUAAAAUUAAAUAUUACACUUGAUCAUUAUUCACCUACUCUCCACCCAAAGCAAUUGAUAGGGCCACCUUGGUGGUCUUUGUGGUAUAGAGGAUGAUCUACAAUAACCACACUUUGUUUUAAAUGAGUGAAUUUAUUAAGUAUCUAUAUAGCAAGCAAAAGUGAGAGAACUUGAGUAAUGACAGAAGUAGUGCAUAGAAAGCUUCAGGUUGAGUACUCACCCGUAGUAGGGAUGACUGGGCAGCCCAAUUGAAAGUCCAGACAAAAGAUAACAGCAGAAGUCAUCGGUGAAAAUCCCAUUUGGAACUCCUGAUAGAGAAUCCAGGUUCUUAAAUAAUCCAUGCUGGCUUGGAGCUCACUGAAGAUGACUUUGAACUCCUGAGCAGGAGCUGUUUUGAUUCAGAAAGUCUAAUCUUCCUGUGGUUUGGUAGUCUUUUCUUCAGCAGUUUAUAUCAGCAUCACCAUCUUUUACGAAAUAAAACCAUUAGUUUGGAAAAGUCACCUGAGUCCUGCUUGGUUGUAAUCUGGAACAUGGGCGGUGCUGUGAGUGCUGGUGAGGACAACGAUGAGCUCAUUGAUAAUUUGAAGGAAGCCCAGUACAUCCGGACGGACUUAGUAGAGCAGGCUUUCCGAGCUAUUGAUCGAGCAGAUUAUUAUCUUGAAGAAUUUAAAGAAAAUGCGUACAAAGACUUGGCGUGGAAACAUGGAAACAUUCAUCUCUCAGCCCCAUGCAUCUACUCGGAGGUGAUGGAGGCUCUGGAUCUGCAGCCUGGGCUCUCAUUUCUGAAUUUGGGCAGUGGUACUGGCUACCUCAGCUCCAUGGUGGGGCUCAUUCUAGGUCCUUUUGGUGUGAACCAUGGGGUGGAGCUUCAUUCAGAUGUGACUGAGUAUGCGAAGCAGAAACUGGACGUCUUCAUCAGGACCAGCGACAGUUUUGACAAAUUUGACUUCUGUGAACCUUCCUUUGUAACUGGCAAUUGCCUGGAGAUUGCUCCAGAUUGUUGUCAGUAUGACCGUGUCUAUUGUGGGGCUGGUGUGCAGAAAGAACAUGAAGAGUACAUGAAAAAUCUUCUCAAAGUCGGAGGGAUCCUGGUCAUGCCCUUGGAAGAGAAGUUGACCAAGAUAACACGUACAGGCCCUUCUGCUUGGGAAACAAAAAAGAUUCUGGCUGUUUCCUUUGCCCCUCUGGUCCAGCCUUGCCGUUCGGAGUCAGGACAGUCCAGACUUGUCCAGCUACCACCACCAGCCGUGCGCAGCCUGCAGGACCUGGCCCGGCUUGCUAUCCGAGGCAGCAUCAAGAGGGCUAUGCGCCAGGAAGCCACCAGAGGAGGUGGUCUGAAGAGCACACCUAUGUUUAAAAGAAGGCGAGUCCGUCGCCGCAGGAUGGAGACCAUUGUCUUUUUGGACAAAGAGGUUUUUGCCAGUCGAAUUUCCAACCCCUCUGAUGACACCAGCUGUGAGGAUGCAGAGGAGGAUCGGAGGGAAGUGGCAGAGAGGACCUUGCGGGAGGCCAAGCCUGAGCCACCAGUGAACUUCCUUCGUCAGAGGGUAUUGCGCCUCCCGUUACCUGACCCCCUGAAGUACUACCUGCUGUAUUACAGGGAAAAGUGAGCUGUGGGAGAGUAGGACCAGGAUACCCAGAGGAAGCUGCUGGCCAGGUACAUGUCUCUUCCCUUUCUUGGUUCCUGUCUAUCCUCUAAAACUUUUCAUGUAUUGGUGUGAUUUAUUUAAGCACAAUUUAACCAGAAACUGCAUAGAAUUAUUUUCCUUGGGGGCAGGGUAGGGUGUGCAUCUUUUGAGCUCUACUGUAACUGGAGCUCUUUUUGGGAACUGCAUGAUGUCUGCUCCUUAUGUAGGCAAACUUUCACACUGGGACUUGAAUUAAAUUGGAUUUGGAUCCUGUGUGAAGCAAGGGGCAAGCCUGUCAAGGUGGCAUACCCCCACUCAGCUUGAAUUUUAUGUGCCGGUUCUGUUGCUGGCAUUGAGUUCUUCUGAGUUUUGCCUUUUUCUAGGUUGGGAAAUGUUGAAAAUCCCCCCUUAUUUUAAUAAAACUAAUCAAAUAUUAUGUGAAAUAUCAACCAUAAUGAGAUACAGAAGGGAGGGAUAAUGUAUAGAACUGCCAGAUGUCUUUCUGGAAUUUCCAAAGACUUCUAAGCAGUUGGUCCUCCCCCCAAUUCCUUCUGAUACUUUAUAGGAACCACCAUCAAGUAAUCUCUUUUUCUGAGAGAAAAAGUUUUUCCUGAACCAUAGCAGUGAUUCAUGAAUCACAACUGCAAAGACCAGAGCAGUUCUAAGGUAUCUACAUGAGAAUUUUCAGAGCAGGUAGAGAGACUGCAGUGCUAUAGAAAGCCCAUGCUUCUUGACUUUGGUUUGCAGUCUUUCUUUGAUCAUAUUAGAGUACCAGGUCAUAGAUUUUUAUCUUUUAUAAUUCUGGAGAAAAAAUUGUUAGUUUUGUAAAUUUUCUUAAGAACAGAUACAUGUAUUUUACUAGUUCCAUUGCAUUAGAGCAGUUUAACUUAGUGAUGUGAAAUCUAUUAUCUCCAGGCCAUGGGUGUUGAGAACUAUCAAGUUUUUAAAAAAAAAAAAAAAAGCAACCUUUCUGGCUUUCAGAGGGCAGGACUUGAAGUUACAUUGCUGAUUCCAAAAGCUGGCUCUUAAAAAAAAUUUUUUUUUCUAGCCCAAAGGAAAAAAAAUAGUGUAAAUUGUUAAUAAUAAGCCCAAAUUAGAGUAUUAAUUUAGGAUUCAGUACUGAGAUUUUAUGAUUUAUUUUUAGCUUAGCCACAUGUGACUUGCAGAGAGAAAUUUGAUAGUUAUGUGAUUUCUCCAGCUUAAAUGGGUAUUUUGGUUUAUUUUUUUUUUCAAGUUAGUUGAAUCAUUUUUACCACACAGUAUAGUCUGCAUGUAUAGCUGGGAAAACAUAUAAUGCCCUACAUUAUAAAUAAAAUGUACACUUACAUUACUUUAAAUAUAAGCUAUUUAAAGAAAGUUCAAAGUUGUUUUUACUUGCCUUUUAACUCCAAUUUGGGCUUCUUUUCUUUCAGAGAGAAAUGCAUGCUCUAACUUGACUUGCAAAUGUUUGUAGUUUGCAGAUCUUUCCUGAUGUUAACUCUAAUUGUUAGCUAGACUUUUAUGUUACCUGGAAAAUUUUGGACAUAAAAUUAAAUAAAUGAUACCUGUGAAGUUUGUAUAUUAGGAGGAUUGAUUGAAUUUUUUUCCCUGUGACUGAAUAUGGGCUACAUUUUGAAAAGCCACAUUUGCCUUUAUGCUGGAUUUUUAAAAAAUUACAAUACAUAAGACACUUUCUCUUUAUAUGUUAAACUUUUCUUAGUAUUUUGUAUUUAUAUUUUAUCACUUUGUGAUUUUAAACCAUAAUUCAGUUAAAUAUAGUUGUAACAAGUGAGAAGUAGAUUGGCCUUUAUAUUAUACUACCAGGGAAAAUUGAAAUUUUCUCAUAAACACUUUGCUGCCAGAAUUCAGUAUAUACCGACGGUAUAUACAAAAUAUCCUACAUUCUGUUUUCAGACUAAUAAAUCUUAAUAUAGUCAAGUGUUUGUCUUCAGGAUCUGUACUGUAAACAAAAUAUUGACAAUGACUAUGUUUUAAGGAGUGGGUAUUUUUAAACAUGUGACUUCUGUUGUAAUGUAAGAAUCAAAGGUGUACAUAAAAAUAGAUUUGUCAACGUGGAACUUAAAGUUGAAAAUCCAAGAAAUUAGAAACACUGAUUUUUUUUUUUUAAAUGAGGGGAAACAUGGGUAAACACAAAUGAAUCAAUAAAAAAGUGUUAAGACAUUUUAUUCUCAGUAUUGCUUCUGUGUUGAGUAUGGGAUUCUUGGUUACAUUCUUUUUAAGACUCUAUAAUGGGGUCGGAGAGAUGGCCCAUGCAGAAGGUUCAGUUCUUAGCACCCACAUGGUAGCUCACAACCGACUGUAAUUCCAGUUCCAUAGGUUCUGACUUCCUCUUCUGACGUCCUAUGAGCACCAGGCACACAUGUGGUGACUUACGUUCAUGCAGGGAGAACAAACAUGCAUAUCAAAUAAGUAUUUAAAGACAAUUUUACUGGUACACCUCUUUUUCCACAUUAAAUUUUCCUUCACCAGAUACUUGUAUUGUUUAAUUUAUAGUACUUGUAAAAGAGAACUCUGAAGAACAACUUUAUUUGCUAUUUUAGUCAUGUACUCAUAUUUUGAGAAUGUUCAAGGGAAACAAUACAUUGAGCAUUUGCUUUAAUUAGCAUGAAUCUCAUAGAGAUUCAUACUCGUAUAAAUGUUCAUAUAGAGAACCUGUAUGUCAGUAAUAAAUCUGAAUGCUGAGGUUUGAGACUUAACUGAAAACUGAACAUAAGGCAUUGGUGAACUAGUGAUAGAAACAGGGAGGUAAUGAUGUCAUGGAGACAGAACAGAUAAGGAACAGCAAGAAUUGUUAGACUUUCGGGGUCAGUGGCACAGAGUGGUAAAGGCAUUUGGGUUGGGAGCUCCUGGCCAAUCUGGGCUUCAUGUAGGAUCCUGUUUCAGAAAACAAGAAAAGCAAUCACAAGAAGGCUUUUUUUUCCUGAAAGGUUUGGGUUUGCUUUUUGUUUUGGUUUUUUGUUUUGUUUUGUUUUGUUUUUUGGUCACUUAAGAUCGGAUAGGUCAAGGGUCUGUGGUGAAGGUGAGGAUCAAGGAAGGGCUGAGGCCUGGAGGUGGUGAAUGAUGUUAUCCAUUCCAGUGUGUUGUAAGUGCCCCCAUGUUAGAAACAUAGAUGAAUACAUUUGUGUCUCAACAAUGUUAGAGUUUACUAAAUAAGUUCACAAGGUGUAUUAGUCAGGGUUCACUAGAGUCACCCAGUUUAUGGAAUGUCUCAAUAUAUUAAGGGGUUUAUUGUAAUGACUUACAGCCUGUAGUCCAACUAACCCAACAGUGGGAAGCCCAAGAAUCUAGUAGUUGCUCAGUCCCACAGGCUAGGUGUUUAUGCUGGUCUUCCAUAGAGUGAGUUCCAACAGAUGUGCUGCUGCGAAGAAGAGUGAAUCUUCCUUCUUCCAAUGUCCUUACGUGUGGCCUCCAGCAGACGGUGUGUACCACCGCGCCUGGAUCUGAAACUUGUUUUGUCCCACGAUGACCUUGAAUUUAGAGAUCUGCAUCUUCUGGGAUUAAACGUGUGUGUGUGUGUGUGUGUGUGUGUGUGUGUGUGUGUGUGGACUUGUUUUGUCCCACGAUGACCUUGAAUUUAGAGAUCUGCAUCUUCUGGGAUUAAACGUGUGUGUGUGUGUGUGUGUGUGUGUGUGUGUGUGUGUGUGUGUGAGAGAGAGAGAGAGAGAGAGAGAGAGAGAGAGAGAGAGAGAGAGAGUGCGCUACCUAACCUGAACCUAAGCUUUUUGUGGUCAAGAUCCAGGUCAGAAACCGGUCUUCCAGUCUCAGGGUCUGGAUCACAGGUGUGCCCUCACAUUUCUGGAUUGUAGUUCAUUCCAGAUGUAGUCAAGUUGACAACCAAUAAUAGCCAUCACACAGCUGUGUAUAUCCAUUUACUAUGGAGGGUUUUGCAGACAAAAAGAAAAUCUGAGGCUUUACAAAAAGCAGUUCCCUUUGAUAUUCUAAGGAGGCAACAAUGUGAUAGUCUCUGUGGCUGCCUGGGGCACAUCGCCUCUGACUUUCAACUUUAUUUUCUGGAUCAUCCUGUGAGGGAUGUUGUUGAAGUCCUGUUCUGGGCAUGGGUUGUAGUUUGCAUUCUUCACACUUCUGUCAAGAAUCCUUGCAAAGAUAAUGAUGGGUCUCCCACCUGUACUGAGCUGCUUCUCAGUUCCUAGUAAAAUAAUGAUCAGAGCCCCUAAAUUAUCCCCCCAAGAAUCCCUCAAAGAAACAUGCAGAGUUAACCAACAGAGACUUGAGCUGGGGCUCCAUGCUUUAGCCUCUUCACCUGCAAAUAUUUGGGAACAAGGAGACACAAGUGACUAGGAAAAGUGUGCAUGUGUUGCGCAUGGGCCUCCAGAAUCUACAUGGUAGACCUCAGGCUAUUACUGGAAUACCUACCAUCCAGCUGUUUUAGAUCAGCUCUUCAGGACUAAGGUUGGAAGCUGGAGGUUCAUUGUUGCAGGCUUUUUCUUUAUCAUACCAUGAACUCUGGGAUUGUGUUUACUGGAAAAACCUGUUUCUAGUUGUGGUGUGACUCGGCCCUUGGCACACAACCUUUAAUCCCGCUGGCUGGAAUACAGACACGCCCUUAGAAUGCUCCUUUAAUGCCCAACAAUGAAGGUCAGGUUAGAUUGUAGAAGGUAUCACCCAUAUUUGAAAAUGAUGUCUAGGGCUGGAGAUAUGGCUCAGUGGUUCACUGACUGUUCUUCCAGAAGUCCUGAGUUCAAAUCCCAGUAACCACAUCUCAUCUCGUCUGUAAUGAGAUCUGAUGCCCUCUUCUGGUGUGUCUGAGGAUAGCUACAGUGUACUUUAAAUAAAUAAAUCAUUUUUUUUAAAAGUGAUGUUUGAGUGUCCGACAAAGUGGGGAAUUAGAGAGUUUUUUUUUUGUUUUUUUUGUUUUGUUUUGUUUUGUUUUUUUGUACAGAAUAGGGUAUGCCCAACUCUCAUGAGAGAGAAGGAGGCAGUUUUCCUGGGACAGUUUUUACAGAGAACAAACUAGACACAGAUGAAGACAGAAUGUGCCAGAAGAUUAGAACAGAUUGUCAAAGUUAGUAUGAGGCCAAGCAGAGCAAUUGAGGAAAGGCUGAGAGAGAGAAGCCAAAUUCAAUCAGUUUGAGCCGGAACAGCUGAGUUGAACCAGCCAACCAGCGCUCAGAACUAGAAGGGGUGCGCUUAUUCCGCAGUGAGUCUCAGAAGCUGAAAACCUUCUAGGCCUGAAUUAGAUUUUACAGAGGGUAGAAGUUUCCAGGCCUAGAUACUGCAGCUCAGCAGCACCUCAUCACCCAGUCCGGCUCACCACCAUCAGGCUCCCCAGGUGCUGCCAUCUGCCGGCACCAUUAGUUUGCGUUUCAGCUAGGGAGAUGUGCGCACGCGCAGAAGCUACACGGACAGCGAGUGCAGACAGCAUGCAAUUGGCUGGAUGGGGAAGGGUCAUCGGCGGUGACCAAUGGCAUGCGCGAGGCUGCCCGCCGCAGUGCCUACCGGGAACGUGUUGCCGAUCGCCGGUUGCCCGUAACGGAGGAAGGGAGACGGCUUCAGAUUGGGCGCCUGAACCUCGGCAGCGCCACACAGAGCCGCCGUGUGGGAGCUGAGCAAUGCUGCUGUUCUGCCCGGGCUGCGGGAACGGCCUCAUUGUGGAGGAGGGGCAGCGCUGUCACCGCUUCGCCUGCAACACGUGCCCGUACGUCCAUAACAUCACCCGCAAGGU